GUAUUGAUGAUUCUGUCUUCGCAACGACGACAACGACGGCAACACCAACCGAUACGGUGCUUAAAUGACUAUUUUUUGUUUCGAAUCACAUUUAUCUUUUUGACAAUGAAUUAAUUUCAAUUUUAUCGACAUCAAAAAUCGCUUCUUUUUUUUCUACAAAAUUUCGUAUAAAAAUUCCAUUUUAGUUUAAAAUUUAAAUUCAGUUAACAAAAGAAAAAUUAUUUACCGCUAAGUUCAUUGAUGAAAGAGAAAAUUUUUGAAAAAAAAGUAGUUGAUUAGUUUUCUUUGUGGGCUUUUUUUUCAAUUCACGUGCAUUUCUUCGAAAUUGGUUAAAUCGAGAAUGAAAAUUUGGUGGAAAUAACAAAAAAAAAAAUGAUGAGAAAAAGAAAAUAGACGGACACACAUUCAGAUUUGCAGAGAUAUCCCAAGCGGUUGCUUCGUUUUUUCCAUUCGCAAGUGUUUUGUAGCGCUUUUUUACGAUUUAAACGUGGUGAUAAAGUUAUUUCAAUUUUGAAUAAAUCGUGUUCAAAUUUGUUUUUUUUUCGGAGAAUUUGUAACUCGAUUGGUCAGUGGUUGGGCGAAUUUUUUAUUUUUAUUUCGUUGCCAUUUCUGAGGCUAACUUCUUGGCUUUUAAUAGAAAGUGUGACAAUUCAGCAGCAAUUGAUAAGAUUUACGGCAAUAUAAUUUAAAUAAUGCCCGUUUUAUAGUCGCAACCGCCGUUUCCGUCACCGCUGCUGCUGCUGCUGUUGUCGUUUGUUUUGUGUUUGUGCCGUAUCGGAAGUGGUUGAUCAUUACAUAAUUGUGUGCCAUUUGAAAAUCAGUCGAUAUUGAUACAGGCAAAAAGAAAUCCGCUUUCAGCGCGCAUUCGAAGAGUAUGGAUUUGGUUGUAGUUCGUCUAAUGCAUCUGAUCUAGAAUUUUCUCGCUUCGAUUGUCAUAUGGCCUGCAAGACUAGGUGCGAAUCAGUGUUAUGUGUACCUGUUGAAGAAGUGUGUUACGUGUGUCUCGGCUAAGGUGCGCUCAGCAUGUGCAUUUAAUGGCCGAAUGUGAUGAAUAAAAUAGUAACGGAAGAGCCAUUCUAUGCUUUGAAUCAAUAUCAACAUUCAAGUUCAAUCGAUGCUCUCUCUCUCUCUCCUUGUGUGUGUGUAUGUGUCGAACACUCAUCGCAUGGUGAUGAAUUCAAGGGUGAAUUCAAACAACAAAAAUCGACAAACUAUUAUAAUUGUUCUCACUUGUUGAAGAUGAAACAAAACACAGCUACAGCAGCAACAGCAACAGCAACAACAUCAAAACACACAAAAGAGAAUGCAAAUUGUUAAAGUGCAAACGAUUUCGAUAGAGUCGCUCUCACUCGUUGCAGUUCUUAAAUACAGUAUAUGAAUGUAAUAUUGUGUGAUACGCGGGAAAGAAAGAAAAAAAAACAAACAAACAAAUAACUAAAGAGGCAACAUUUGUGUUCGGGAAAAGCACGUAAAGCCACUAAACAGUGCAAAACGGAGAAAAAGUAACGAUUAAAAACAUUGCUUACGAAUAGCUCGGGCAAUAAAUAAAACGAAGGAAAAUAAAAAACAUUCAAAAUAGCCACUACAGCGAAGUAAAAUGCAGUGAUGAAAAAAUAAAAACAAAACUGAAUUGACUCAAAAUUCAUUGCCAUUCACAUAACAAGGAAAAUUAAUUUAAAAUUCAAUCAAUACAUCGCACGAACCAACAACAACCGAAGAAAACAAAACGAUAGCCCAAAAAAAAGUGUUGUGUGAUCAAAGACAUUACAAUUAGCCAAACAUAGUUGAUAAUUUACAAAUAAAACAAUGACUGUGUCAUAUGCGGGCGAAGUGCCGAACGGCAGUAGUUUUGGUUGUUUUUGGAAAAUCCUAUGGAAGUGGCGAGGCAGUCUUUAUAAACUAAUAUGGCGUGAAUUAUUAGCAUACUUAGCAUUAUAUUAUACAAUUAAUGUCAUGUACCGAUACGUCCUAAACGAAGAACAAAAAAGAAUAUUCGAGAAGAUUCGUCAGUAUUUUGGCGCGCAGAGCGAAAGUAUACCGAUGUCAUUUGUGCUGGGUUUUUACGUUACACUGAUAGUCAAACGGUGGUGGGAUCAGUAUAAACUGCUGCCAUGGCCUGAUACACUAGCUUUAUUCAUAAGUGCUGCCAUUCCAGGAAACAAUGAAACUGGCCGAUUAAUGAGACGUAAUAUAAUGCGGUAUUCAGUGCUGGCUUACGUAAUAACAUUGAUGAGAAUAUCGCUGCGUGUGAAACGGCGAUUUCCAACGUGGCAACAUUUGGUCGAUGCCGGUUUGAUGUUGGAAAGUGAAAAGAAAAUCUUUGAAAUUAUGGACAGCAAGAGUCCAAUGUCAAAGUACUGGAUGCCAUUGGUAUGGGCGACAAACAUCAUAAAUCGGGCACGUAAACAAGAAAUCAUCGCAUCCGAUCACAUUGUGCAAACGUUAUUGGUCGAAUUGUCGGACAUUCGACGACGAUUGGGUGCAUUGAUCGGCUAUGACACAGUUUGUGUGCCGUUAGUUUAUACGCAAGUGGUCACUCUAGUUCUGUAUACGUAUUUUAUUGCCGCAUUAUUAGGAAGACAGAUGAUACCGAGACUGGACGGUGCUGUUCCGACUGGAAAAUAUGAAGACCCCGAUUUGUAUUUUCCGCUAUUCACAGCAUUACAGUUUUGCUUCUAUGUUGGGUGGCUGAAAGUAGCUGAGGUCUUGAUCAAUCCAUUUGGCGAAGACGAUGACGAUAUUGAACUGAACUGGUUGAUUGAUCGUCAUAUAAAGGCAUCAUACAUGAUUGUCGAUGAAAUGCACGAAGAACAUCCAGAGUUGCUGAAAGAUCAAUAUUGGGAAGAGGUUGUGCCAACGGAAUUACCGUACACCGUCGCCUCGGAACACUAUCGUCGAUACGAGCCAAAGGGAUCCGCCGAAACUUAUAAAGUCAAAACGUCUGAUGCAAUGUAUGCUAAUAUUAUACCCAGCAAACGACAGAACUUUGACGAUAUGUACGCUGAUUAUGAGAGUGUCGAUACACCAAUGGCUGAACGACGAAAAAGUUCGAAUUGGUUUAGUCGACAGAUAACACGGAUGGGAUCACUGCGCAGUUCAUCAACGGCCUAUUCAUCUGGCUAUCCAUUCAAAAGAAAUCGACAUAAUUCCGUUUAUUCGAGUCCCGACAACGAUCUUCCCGGUCAACAAUUGAGACCAUCCAUAAAUAAUAAAAUGAAAAUGUACGAUAAAUUCCCAAGAAAAUCUGGUCGCAACCUUAAAAACAUGCUGAAACGAGCUCGCAUUCCAACACCAGAUGCAACCACAUCGAAUAGCAACGAGAAAGAUAAUCGAUUCAAUUUAGCGCCGGUGGAGAUGAUUAACGAAACGAUGACAUCAUCCGGUCACCUAGGCGCACCGAUGAGUAUGACGACUGGCGUCGCAUUAAUUCCAGCCAAUUUGCCCGAUCUACCGAAUCCAAAUGCAACGCCAGUCACGCUAUUUUUGUCACCAAUCAAGGAAUCCGACUCAAAUUCAGCGCACAGUACGCUACAAGCUGGAACGCCAGCCACAAAUGCCCUGGCUGAUUGGAGAAACACACUAAACAAUAGUCCCUCGCUGGCCCGUAUACUGCCAACAGAAAGUACGGCGACAACGGCGAGUAUGAUCAAAGUAGUAACAGUGUUGCCUGGCACCCAUUCAUCGCCACCAAUACCGAACUUAAAUACGCACCCGCUGAGCACGGGUCCAAUAAUCACGGAAGUGCCGGUGGAUGAUAGGCAGGACGGUAGCAGUGAUUUCAAUGAUAACGAUUCAAAUAUAAUGCGUACAGUAAACCGAACCAAUUCAGUAGCAUCAAAUAAAGCGACACGUUUGACACGGCAAUUGUCAUUUGGAGCAAAAUCGACUGAGUCGCCCAGUUUGCCGAAACGAAAUCAACCAAUCACAUCGUCAGCACCGUCAACGCUAACCAAAAAAGGUCUGGAAGAGGACGAGAAAAAAGAAAUUUACGUUUAGUUCAAUCUCUCAGGCUAGUGUUUUUUUUUCUUCGAACAAGAAUCCGAAUGCAGUUACCUUCAACCUUUCGAAAUAUAUCGAUCAAUGGAAGCUUCUUCUUUUUUUUAGACAAAAAAAUAAUUACAAAACAACUGGGGAAAAAAUUACACGAAUUUUUAAAAUAAACUAUCGAAUUUUGUUGAAACAAUACAAUUUAACCCUAUAUUUUUGUGCCACAAAUUGAUGUGAAAUGUCGAUUAAAAAUUAAGAUAAAUGCAACAAUAAGAUGCAUGCAGAAAACGAAGAACUAAAAUUCUCUUUGAAUUUAAAGGAAAAACUGAAGAAAAUCGAACAUUGAAAAUAUCCAAUCCAUUCCGAUAUAUGAUACUACUUUUUAUGAUGUGAUAUGUAUACUAAUGCCUAUUUUGUUGUUGUUGUGCUGAUGUAAAUUAUACGAAGGAGAAAAAUUGUAAUUUUUAACUAUUAUCGACAAGGAUGCAAAAAAAAAGAUACUGUGCAAAAUGCAGUUAGUGUAGUCUAUUAAAAUUUAAUUCAAAUUAAUAAUUAUUAUUAAUAAAAGAAAACUUCAAUUUUCAAUCGAA